UUGCCUAUCUAAUCCAUUACUAUAAACAAAUCAAGUUUAGUAAUGGAGCUAUUUUAUGAUGCUAAGGCAGUAAGAUUUAGAAGUCAUUUAAACAAAUACCUAGUAGCAGAUGAUGAUCAAAGAACAAUCCGACAAAGCCGAAACGGGUUAUCAAGAAAAGCACGGUGGCUGGUGGAAGUUGCCGACCCCGAAAACCGCCACCUUAUACGGCUGAGAAGUAGCUCCGGCAUGUACCUUACGGCCUCCGAUGAGCCGUUUCUUCUUAGCAUGAAAGGAGAAAAAAAAAUUCUUCAAACUUCGCCGGAAAAUAUGGAGGAUGUGAGAAUUGUAUGGGAACCACUAAGAUAUGGUUUUCAAGUUAAAUUAAGGGGUUAUGGAGGAAAAUUCUUAAGUGCAAGUGGAGGUACACUAAGAUGGAGCAAUAGAGUAACUCAUGAUAGUCCUUAUAGUGCUACCACUCAUAAUUGGAUUCUGUGGAGUGUUGAACCUGUAGAUGUACCGGAAGAUGAAUCAUUGACGGAUUAUUUGACGAUGGUUUCUAAUUUUUCGUCGGUUUCCAAUGAACUUUCUACCUUGGAUUUGGGGUCUCCCAUGUCUAUGCAUUCAAGUUUGAGUUUUUCACCUAAGAGUCCUCUAACUAGAAGACCAGCAAUGGAGCUUUUCCAAAAAGCAAAAGCCGUUCGUUUACAGAGUCACCAUUUCAAGUACUUAACAGCCAUGGAAGACGGUGAAUCAGUAAUUCAAGACCGUAAUGGCGCUUCACAAAGUGCAAAAUGGACCGUUGAAUUUGUCGAAAAAACAGACAAUGUUAUUCGUUUAAAAAGUUAUUGUGGGAAGUAUCUUACUGCUUCAAAUCAGUCUUCUCUUCUUGGUAUGACUGGUAGAAAAGUCAUGCAAACUCUGCCUAAUCGACUCGAUUCUUCUGUCGAAUGGGAACCUGUUAGAGAAGGGAAUCAAGUGAAGCUUAGGACUCGAUACGGGCAAUUUUUGAGAGCUAAUGGUGGAAUUCUUCCAUGGAAAAAUACUGUUACUCAUGAUAUUCCUUAUCAGACAGCUACUCAAGAUUGGGUACUUUGGGAUGUUCAUAUUGUUCAAGUCUUGGCUGAUUCCUCUGUUCCUAAAAGGCCAUCACCAUUGGGUCUUCCUUCAGAUUCAUGUGCUUCUGAAACUAGUUCUUCCUCAGUUGUUGUUUCCUCGGAAUCCUCCAGCUUUUCUACACAAGAGUCAAGAGAUUCUUUUGCUAGUUCGCCUCCUAAGUUGGGAGAUGGGAGGUUUAUAUUUUAUUACAUUGCGGACAAAUUAGGAGAAAUUUAUGACGAAAUGGAGGAACUUUGCAUAACUUUUGAUGGAAAUACUGUUGAGGAGCUAACAAAGACAUUGGAGGAUGCAACAGGACUUGAGGAAAUAAUUGUGUGUACUAAGAGUCCUUUGAAUGGGAAGCUUUAUCCUCUUAGCUUGCAACUUCCACCCAACAAUACAACUAUGAAUGUUAUUGUAUUGCCAUCUUCAUCUAAAGCAAUCACUCCAGAUUCUCUUUCAGACCAUAUGUCCAGCAUUCCCGAGUUGAAUGGUUCAAAUUUCAGUGAAUGGAAGGAGCAAUUACAAAUUACAUUGGGACGUUUGGAUUUAGAUUUGUGUUUCAAAAUUGAUGAACCUUUGGAAGAAAGUGUAGACCAUGCUACUUGGGAACACUCCAACCGUGCAAGCCUCAUGAUCAUGAAGUGUAAGAUAGCUAAGAAUAUUGACAAAUCAAUACCAAAAUCUACCCGCGCAAGAGAGUUCUUGGCUUCUAUUGAGCGACAAUUCAUGGCUUCCGAUAAGCCAUUAAUAGGUACACUCAUGGAAAUGUUUACUACUAUGAAAUAUAAUGGGACUAGUGGUGUCCGCGAGCACAUUGUGGAAAUGGUUAAUAUGGCAGAACAACUUAAAUCAAUGGAUAUGACCAUUUCAGAAUCUUUUUUGGUACAAUUUGUUCUCAAUUCUCUUCCUUCUCAAUUCGGUCCAUUUAAGAUUAGCUAUAACACAAAUAAGGAGAAGUGGACCAUGGAUGAACUCAUUGUAAUGUGUGUUCAAGAGGAGGAACGAUUAAAGAGAGAAGGAUUGCUAUCGGUUCACUUAGUAUCACAAGUUCAGAAAGGAAAAGGACCAAAGAAAGGUAAACAAAAGGGAAAGAAAUCACCAAAUCAUGGAAAUAAUGUGACCACACAUGAUGGUGUCAGUAAAGGAAAUCUGAAGUGCUUCUUCUGCAAAAAGAAGGGACAUUUGAAGAAGGAUUGUCCGGAACGCAAGAAUUAGUUCGAAAAAAAAGGGGAUUGGUUACAACCCGGGACCUAGACAGAAAAAUAGUUUCAUUGGGAAUAAUGCUCCUCCAGUUGAAUCUAUAGAGGCCGACAACUUAUUUUAGGUAGUAGUAGAUAUUUACAUAGUUUGAAUAAUACCUACUAAUUAUAUUGCUUAUAUUUCUAGAAAUUUUGUUUGUUUGCCCUGAUCAAGGAUAUUAUGUUAAGUUUGGAUGUAAAAGUUCCGCGGUAUAUAAAAAUAACAUGUUGAUUGGUUUGGUGUU